CGCAGCCGCAUGUUGUGAGGUGACGUGUGUGUAGAGAUGAGCAAGAGAGAAUUAUUAUUGAGGUGAGAAGAGGUGGAGGAAAACCGAAGGAGAAAAAAGUGAAAAGUGAAAUCGGUUGCGGCUAGCUGUCUCUGAAUUGUAUCCUCGCUUUUCUCCCAUUGACGAGUCGAAUCUCUAAAGGGAGAGAGGAAGGAAGGCCAGACCUGAAAGGACCUCUCAGUCACCUCAAAAAGAAUCUGCAUUACAAAUUUCAAGCAACAGCACCGUUUUCAUUCGAGAUGUCGCAAAGGAAGGUUGUGAUUCUUUCGGCAGCUAGGACGCCAAUCGGUUCAUUCUGUGGUGCCUUGUCGACUUUGAAAGCCCAUGAUUUGGGCAGUGUCGUCAUCAAAGAAGCAUUGAACAGAGCCAAAUUGGAUCCCAGCGCUGUCAAUGAGGUUAUCAUGGGACAGGCUCUAAGUGCUGGCCAGGGACAAAACCCUGCGAGACAGGCUUCUGUAAAUGCAGGAGUUCCUCACUCAGUGCCUGCUUACUCGAUAAAUAUGCUGUGCGGAUCUGGACUAAAAUCUGUUGGCGUCGGGGCUGCAUCCAUCUUGAGCGGGGCCAGUGAUUUUGUUGUUGCUGGCGGCCAGGAAAGCAUGAGCCAGGCCCAGCACUCGAUGCUUUUGCGGACAGGUACCAAAAUGGGAGUGGCUACCAUGACAGACACCAUGCUGUCCGACGGACUGACAGACGCGUUUCUAAACUGCCACAUGGGCAUCACUGCUGAGAACGUGGCCAAGCAGUGGUCUAUUACUAGAGAGGAGCAAGACCAGAUGGCCCUCAACUCGCAGCACAAAACGGAAGCCGCCCAGAAGGCUGGACACUUUGACCAGGAGUUGGUAGCCGUUUCUGUGCCUGUGCCCAGGAAAGAGCCAAAACUAGUGCUUGUAGACGAAUAUCCCAAGCAUGGGGCGUCCAUUGAGGCCAUGACCAAGCUGAGACCAGCCUUUGACAAGUCUGGAACUGUCACCGCCGGCAAUGCAUCUGGUAUUAAUGACGGUGCUGCUGCCGUGGUGUUGGCUGAGGAAGGCGCUGCCAAAGCAAAAGGAUUGACUCCAAUGGCCAGUGUAGUGUCAUUUGCUCAGGUCGGGGUUGAUCCAGCCGUCAUGGGAAUUGGGCCUGUCUCGGCCGUCAAAGCAGCUAUUGAGAAAGCUGGCUGGAAGAUUGAGGAUGUUGAAGUUUUUGAAUUGAAUGAAGCAUUUGCUUCUCAAUCAAUUGCUGUUGCUAAAGAUUUGGGCAUUGACGCCAGCAAGAUCAACAUUAAUGGAGGAGCCAUUGCACUUGGCCACCCUAUUGGCGCCUCAGGUGCUCGAGUCCUAGUAACCUUGCUUUACGCCAUGAAGAGAACCAGUGCUAAAAAGGGGGUUGCAUCCCUGUGUGUUGGAGGUGGAAUGGGAGUCGCGAUGUGUGUCGAGAUGUCGUAGCUCAUUUUCAGUGCCUUAUAAUAAGCAUGCUGUGUAUUUAAAUCAACGUCCAGCAUUUUUUAUCAUUUUUACCGUAUUUACCACUUUUAUUAAUAACCCCACCAAUGUUUCAUAUUUUUGCGUAUGUUAUAGAACUCUCAAGUAUUGUUUGCUCCAUUAUCAAAAGAGUAUUUUAAAAUUGAAUUAAAUAUUAGUUAUUAUUAUUUGAUUUAUUGUGAUUUGUUAAGUCAAGGAGUAUUAUAAUAUUUCUACCGUGCUGGAUGUAUUGAAAAGACGCCAAUAAUACUGAAAUUCAGUAGUGGGUCUAAUCCUACGUCAAACCUAGAAAUGAGAAAGCCAGUUAUUUUUUAGCAACUGCUAAGAGUGUACCAAACGAUCCAUUGAUAUUAGUUAAGUUGCACUAACUUCAAUGGACUACUUUACUGACUCAUGUUAUUGACAAAAAAUGUCAAGUAGCAAUUUGCAGGUGAUGAGGUUGGCAUGUUACGAAUGUAAAAUUUUAAUAUGUUCAUUAAUAAAAUCUUAUUGAUUUUCUUA